GAUGUUGGUGCUUAACUGUUCCACAAAACUGCAGAUUCUAGAACAAAUGUUAAAGAAGAAUUUUCCUGAAUCCCUCAAGGUUUAUGGAGCAGUGUUGAAUAUAAACAGGGGAAAUCCAUUCAAAAAGGAAGUGGUUGUGGAUUCAUGGCCAGAAUUUAAAGCUGUGAUUACUCGCCGACAAAAAGAGGUAAAAUGUGAUGCCCUAGACUACUUUACAAAUGCCUGUGCUGUCUUCUACAAAAAUCUGGAUGCUUACCAGGCAUUGUUGGAGAACCCAAAAACUAUAAACUGGGAGCAAGCCUUCCAGAUACAAGGUUUACAGGAUGGCUUAUACAAAACUUCCAAGAUUGUUGCUGAUGCCAAGCAUGUAAAUUUGAAGUUGUCUUCUUUCAAAAUGGUAAUCUACCCAGAACCAGAUGCACUUCCAGAUGUUCAACUUCCGUUAGUUCCUGCACCAAAACUUACUUCCCUUGAUGCAUCUCAUGCAAGUCUGCUGAAUAACACCUGGUCCCGAGGAGGAAGUGAUCAAUGCCAGAAAUACCUCAUCAACCUCAUUUGCUGUUUCCCCAGCAUGUGCAUUUUGGAUGAACAUGGAUGCCCCAUCUCCUGGGGUCUGACAGACCAAUUUGCUACUAUGAUCCAUGGCUACACUUUGCCCAAGCAUCGUAGGAAAGGGUACAGCCGUCUCAUUGCAACAAAUCUAGCUAAGAUGUUACACAGCAAGGGGUUUCCAGCUCAAGGAAAUGUUCUGGAGGAUAACUUACCAUCAUUAACUCUGCUAAAAAGCAUGAAUGCCAGAUUAUUACCUUGUCAGUUUGUCAGACUUAUCCACACCCCUUUCUGCCUUUUAGCUAAACCUGAGUGAACUUGGUGGAUUUAAAAAAAAAAAAUCUAUGAUGAUAGCUACCUAAUUUGAGGUAUUUGAGGUACCUUGUAUUUGAUGUUAUACACGUAUGAACAUGUUAUGAUAUAUUUAGACAUAACCUUGAAGUCCAUUUAUGAAACGGCAAUGCUAUUCCAUAUUAAAGUUAAUGCGAGUUUUAAAGGAACAACAGUUGUUUUCAAGCUUAGACAGAAGACUGAGAAGAGAUAUUUAACAAAUAAUAAAAUAAUGUUCAAUUGGAAGCACUUAUUGAUAAUUGUUUUCAUAGAAUGCAAAGACUUUUUAAAUUCUCCAACUCAAAUCAUUCAAUCUUCUCCAUAUUACUUUCCAAACCCAUUGAAUCUUGUAUAUUCUUUGAUUCUUGUAUAUCCUUUGAAUCUACAUAGAUGUGAUGAAAAAUAAAAAGGAGGUGGAUUCCCAAGAGAGAAAGGGUGCAUUGCAGAGGAGUAAGAGGCAACUCAGUUCAGAUUCUACGUAUGUGAGAAAUAGGGUGAAGACAGCCCUUCCCUUUGCAGCGUAUAUCGUAUACAGAUAGCAGAGUGCUCUGUCUGGCAAGAUUUUGUGUAGAUCAUUACAAUUUAGGUUUUGAACAACAUAUGAAAAC